UCAAAGACUCCAAACCAUAAAAUUCCAACACAAACACCACUUUUUUGUGUCUCCCUGCAUACUGCUGGUUGCCGCCUAUACAUACAAUUCAAAUGUAUAUAUCGCCAUCCCCAUUUGGCGGCAUCACAGACUUACUUCUAAUCUAGGGUUUCUCGCCUGAAUCGCUUCAAAUUAGGGUUCUUGCUUGAAAAUGGCAAGCAAUUCUCCUCGGUCUCGCGUCAAUCAGUUUUAUGCUUCAAAGAAAAAAAGCAAGGGGGCAUCACCCCUGUUAAAGUCAAAGCUGGUUGAAAAAGAUGCAAGAGUUACUCUCGACGCAUCUCCUAGUGGUAAAGGUUCUUUAGAAGGCUUUUUGGUGACUUCACAAGAUGAUCUACCUCCUGCAGGAUCCUUGCAGACUGCCAAUUGUUCAUCAGCUAGGACAGAUUUCGUUAAGAGGAAAUUGGAAUUGGAUGUUAGAUUAUCUUCGAAAGAUGAGAAUGAAGAAGUCUAUUUAGGAGGUGAAGGGCCUUGUCAGAUGGCUAAAGCUUCUGGAGAGGCUCAACAAAAAAAACUUAAGACAUCAGAUGUGGGUGAUUUUUCUUCCAAAGGUCUUGGAAAGGACACCUCAGAUUCUUCAUAUGGUUUGAAAAACCCUGAACUCAAACAGUUUGCAGCUGACUUUUUGUCACUGUAUUGCAGCAAAGAAGUUCCACCCUGCACAGCUAAACGACAGGGUAGCCCCUCUUCGAUUGCGUCAGAAGAAAAAUUGCAAAAGAGGAGGCAUUUUAGUAAUGAUGAGUGCCAGUACCUUACCAAGGGUGAAGAAACUUGUUCAGGUGAAAAAUUUAAUGAACAGGUUCAGCGUCAGCCUAAUGUCAUUGCUAAAUCUGAAGUUGCUGCGAAUAAUUUUUCAAGAGAGGUGAUUGUGAAUGACAGUUCCAUAAACUUUCGAGGAAGCUUAAAAAAAUGUGAAAAUACAUUGGUUGAUAUGGCUUGCUGUGGCACACCUGGACCCCUAAUUAGCAAUGGUGGAGCUCGUGAGACUCCCAAAUCAAUGCAUGGAAGCUCCAUAUUUUCUCCUGGAGAAACUUUUUGGAAUGAAGCAGUCAAAAUAGCUGAUGGUUUGCUGGCUGUAAAUAAAAACAUUCCUGUUAAGGUUGUUCAACAAAUAAAAGAUACUGAUAAGUCGUGUAAGACCAGGAACUUGGACAUGCUGACAGAUGAGCAUCAUCCCAAGCAGUCAAAUGUGAUAGAAUAUGAAGGUCCAAAGCGAAUCUGUGAUGCAGGAAGUGCUUCAUUAGCACUACGCAGGGAAAAUGAAAACAAUCUAGAGAAGGUUGUGUCCCCAAUGCCUGUCAAGCAUUUUGAUUUCUCUUCUGAGGAGAAAGCUUAUCAGAAAGAAGCACAAUCAGAUCAAUCUGAACACAUACUUAAAGCAGAUGAACAAGGGAGGUGCUAUUCUACAAAUCAUAAGCCUCUGCAAAGGGGUCAUAUCGCAUCCCAAAUGAGUAAUGAGCUACCUGAAUUACAUGUUAGCACAUCACAGAAAAUUGUUGACAAUUUAUUAGGGGUUAAUGCCAGCAGCACAUCUAAUACCCCAAACAACGAAUUCAGGUUCUCCAGUGCCACUCAUAGUUGUAGUGAAGAACUUACUCCAUCAAGCUUCCUGUCCCCUAAAGAUCGUCUGGAUAUCAUCAAUUGGCUUCCAUCUGAGAUAUGCAACACAUAUCGUAAAAGAGGAAUAUCAAAACUAUAUCCAUGGCAGGUUGACUGCCUUCAGGUUGACGGUGUUUUACAGCGAAGAAAUCUUGUGUAUUGUGCAUCUACAAGUGCUGGCAAAAGUUUCGUUGCUGAAAUUCUAAUGCUGCGGCGGGUCUUGUCAACUGGAAAAAUGGCACUUCUUGUACUUCCAUAUGUAUCAAUUUGUGCAGAAAAGGCAGAACAUCUUGAGGCCCUUCUGGAACCACUUGAUAAGCAUGUCCGGAGCUAUUAUGGAAACCAAGGGGGUGGAACUCUUCCUAAAGACACCUCUGUAGCUGUUUGUACAAUUGAGAAGGCAAACUCGUUGCUAAACAGAUUGUUAGAAGAGGGUCGGAUGUCGGAGGUUGGAAUUAUUGUGAUAGAUGAGCUGCACAUGGUAGGGGACCAAAGUAGAGGUUACCUAUUAGAGCUCAUGUUGACCAAGCUACGGUAUGCUGCUGGUGAUGGGAGUACAGAAUUAUCUUCUGGUGAAAGUUCCGCUACAAGUACAACCAGCGGAAAAAAUGAUCCUGCUCAUGGUCUUCAAAUUGUAGGGAUGAGUGCUACCUUGCCAAAUGUUGCUGCAGUUGCUGAUUGGCUUCAAGCAGCAUUAUACCAGACAGAUUUUCGACCAGUUCCACUUGUGGAAUACAUUAAAGUCGGCAAUACAAUUUAUAACAAAAGUAUGGAAAUCAUCAGGACCAUUGCUAAAGGAGCUGAGCUUGGCGGUAAAGAUCCAGAUCAUAUUGUACAAUUAUGCAAUGAGGUUGUUCAAGAGGGUCACUCGGUGCUGAUGUUUUGCUCAAGUAGAAAAGGAUGUGAAUCAACUGCUGCACAUAUUGCAAAAUAUCUCAAGAAAUUUUCUGCUAACUCUUGCAGCGACCAGACCGAGUUCAGUGACAUAAAUUCUGCUAUAGAUACAUUGCGAAGGUCUCCAGCUGGAUUGGAUCCUGUUCUAGAAACAACUCUUCCUUCUGGUGUUGCAUAUCACCAUGCCGGACUUACUGUUGAAGAAAGAGAAGUUGUUGAGAGCUGCUAUCGAAAAGGACUUGUACGUGUCUUGACUGCAACAUCAACCUUAGCUGCAGGUGUCAAUCUGCCUGCCAGGAGGGUUAUUUUUCGACAGCCUAGGAUUGGUCGUGAUUUUAUUGACGGAACAAGGUACAGGCAGAUGUCUGGUCGAGCUGGGAGGACUGGAAUAGAUACCAAAGGCGAGAGUGUGCUGAUCUGCAAGCCGGAAGAGGUUAAAAGGAUACUGGGACUCAUUAAUGACAGCUGUCCGCCGUUGCACUCUUGUCUGUCCGAAGAUAAAAAUGGGAUGACCCAUGCGAUAUUGGAAGUUGUCUCUGGUGGAAUUGUUCAAACAGCUCGUGAUAUUCAUUGUUAUGUUAGGUGCACUCUCUUAAAUUCAACAAAACCAUUUGAAGAUGUAGUGAGAUCUGCACAAGAUUCUUUGAGGUGGUUAUGCCAAAAGAAAUUUCUUGAAUGGAGUGAAGAUACUAAGCUGUAUAGCAGUACACCUCUUGGUCGUGCAUCAUUUGGUAGUUCUCUGUGUCCUGAAGAAUCAUUAAUUGUGCUGGAUGAUCUUUCCCGGGCAAGAGAAGGAUUUGUACUUGCAUCUGAUCUGCAUCUAGUUUACUUGGUAACACCCAUUAAUGUUGAUGUUGAGCCAGAUUGGGAAUUGUAUUAUGAAAGAUUCAUGGAAUUGUCUCCACUUGAUCAGUCUGUAGGAAACCGCGUUGGAGUACAAGAACCUUUUUUGAUGCGCAUGGCCCAUGGUGCUCCAGUACGCACCUCAAAUAGAUCAAGGGAUAUCACAAAAGGGUUCCAGGGGAGGUCUGAAACUAGACAUGGUGUAUUAAGCCACGGCAUGCUUUCUGAUGACCAAUCACUUCGAGUGUGCAAGCGCUUUUAUGUUGCUCUUAUUCUGUCAAGACUCGUACAGGAAAUACCUGUGACUGAGGUUUGUGGAGCCUUUAAAGUGGCACGAGGCAUGGUUCAAGCCUUGCAGGAAAAUGCUGGAAGGUUCGCUUCGAUGGUUUCUGUAUUCUGUGAGAGGCUUGGUUGGCAUGAUCUUGAAGGCUUAGUAGCGAAGUUCCAAAAUCGCGUAUCCUUUGGAGUCAGAGCUGAGAUUGUAGAGCUGACUACUAUCCCUUUCGUUAAGGGAUCUAGAGCAAGGGCACUUUAUAAAGCUGGUUUGCGGACACCUCAAGCAAUUGCCGAAUCUCCGAUACCUGAAAUUGUUAAAGCACUUUUUGAAUCUUCAGCUUGGGCUGCAGAAGAGGGUUCAGCACAGCGUCGAAUACAAAUGGGAGUAGCUAAAAAAAUAAAGAAUGGUGCUCGCAAGAUUGUUUUAGAUAAAGCUGAAGAGGCAAGGGUUGCUGCUUUCUCAGCUUUCAAAUCCCUCGGACUUGAGGUUCCCCAUUUCCCUCCAGCACAACUACCAACUGCUGCAGGCAGUGCCAGCAGAAAAGAAAGAUCCACCUCUCCCGUGGAAGAGGCAAUGAGUAGUAUUAUAUUAGAGCAUGGAAAACCAAUUUCAACGAGACAGUCUUUGGAAAUGCGUACAAUUAAGGAUAAAGUAAGUUCUGAUGCUGGAGAAGUACCAAAAAAACUGUCUGAUGGUGGAAUUGAAAUACCUGGAGCAGCAUCUGAAGUUGGAAACAUGCAUGAUGCAAAAAAUAUUGCUGUAGGAGGUAAAGAGUCAACUACUUAUGAGUUUAAAAGUAGUGUUAACUGCAUCAGCAAUACAGAAACAGCAGUGUCUUCUCCCCUUAAAGCAACAGCAGCUGGAAACAGGUUAGAUAACAAGUGUGUCAAUAAUAUUAGGCCGAAUCCAGGAUUGGAAGGAAAUGAAAGCCAUUACGGUAAGGAUACUGCUUCUGAAAAAGGUCCAAUCAAUGCAGCCAAAACUCCCGGUGGAUUUGAAUCUUUCUUAGAUGUCUGGGAUAGUAGAGAAGAUUUCUUUUUUGAUAUUCAUUUCAACAAACGAUCUGAAUUUAACUCCCUCGCUCCCUUCGAGAUCCAUGGGGUAGCAAUUUGUUGGGAAAAUUCGCCUGUGUACUAUAUUAACCUUCCAAAGGAUUUAUUUUCGUCAGAGAAUGAAAGUAAUAAUAACGUUUCAGUAAACAUGUCUAAUUCUAAGAAGAACUUAUUUGCACAAAAGCAGCUGAUAGAGGUUGCCAAAAGAAGGUGGGACAGGAUUUCUCGAAUUUUGGGGAGAGAAGAUGUCAGAAAGUUCGGCUGGAACAUGAAAAUUCAAAUCCAGGCACUUAAAAAUCCUGCCUUUUCAAUUCAGAGAUUUGUUGGCCUGAACCUUGGUUCAAAGAGUUUGGGCCUAGAACUUGUUGAUAGCUCAUAUUAUAUGUUUUCUCCGAUUCAUGUAAAACGUGGAGUCGACCUCUGCAUUGUUGCCUGGAUCCUUUGGCCUGAUGAAGAGAGAAGCUCAAAUCCGAAUCUUGAAAAGGAAGUUAAAAAAAGGUUAUCCAGUGAGGCAGCAGCAGCUGCUAGUCGUUGCAGUAGAUGGAAAAAUCAAAUGCGUCAAGCUGCACAUAAUGGUUGCUGUCGACGUGUUGCACUAUCACGGGCCCUAUAUUCUGUACUGUGGAAACUUUUGACUUCUGAAGAACUCAUGGAAGCGCUAUUGACCAUUGAAUCCCCUCUGGUUAAUAUUCUUGCAGACAUGGAGCUUUGCGGGAUUGGUGUUGACAUGGAGGGAUGUAUCCGGGCUCGCCAUCUAUUAGGAAGAAAGCUAAAGUGUCUUGAGAAGGAAGCUCAUAGGUUGGCUGGCAUGACAUUUUCCUUGUAUGCAACGGCUGAUAUUGCAAAUGUACUCUAUCAGCGGUUGAAGCUGCCAAUACCAGAAGGAUACAAUAAAGGGAAACAACAUCCUAGUACUGAUAAGCAUUGCUUGGAAUUACUAAGGCAUGAGCAUCCAAUCAUUGCUAUCAUUAAGGAGCACAGAACAUUGGCAAAACUCCUUAAUUCUACGUUGGGAUCAAUAUGCUCUCUUGCCAGGCUUUCUAUGAGGACACAAAAAUACACUCUGCAUGGACAUUGGCUCCAGACAUCAACAGCAACUGGGCGACUAUCAAUGGAGGAACCUAAUCUCCAGUGUGUCGAGCAUAUGGUGGACUUCCAAAUGAGUGACAGUGAAAAAGGGGAAUGUACAGAUGGCGACAAUUACAGAAUCAGUCCCCGUGAUUUCUUUGUCCCUACUCAGGAGAAUUGGUUACUGCUAGCAGCUGAUUAUUCUCAGAUAGAACUAAGACUGAUGGCACACUUUUCUAAAGAUCCGUCAUUAGUUGAACUCCUCAGUAAACGCAAAAGUGAUGUCUUUAGGAUAAUUGCUGCAAAAUGGACAGGAAAGAUGGAGUCCUCUGUCAGUUCUAUUGAGAGAGAGCAGACUAAGAAGUUGAUCUAUGGGAUUUUGUAUGGAAUGGGUGCAAAUUCUCUCGCUGAACAACUAGAGUGCAGUUCAGAAGAUGCUGCAGAGAAGAUUCAGAGCUUUAAAAGGUCGUUUCAGGGUGUUGCUUCCUGGCUUCGAGAAGCAGUAAUAUCAUGCCGUCAGAAAGGAUAUGUGGAGACCCUCAAAGGAAGAAAGCGUUUUUUGGCAAACAUUAAAUUUGGAAAUAGUAAAGAAAAAUCUAAAGCUGAGCGACAAGCUGUGAAUUCUAUAUGUCAGGGGUCUGCUGCUGACAUUAUCAAAAUUGCAAUGAUUAAUCUACACUCUGCACUUGUUCAAGAUGUCAGUGGCUCUGAUUUGAGCACUUCACUCGAAGGAUCUCAUCUAAAAGGCCGCUGCCGAAUACUUUUACAGGUACAUGAUGAAUUAGUACUUGAAGCUGAUCCUUCAGUUAUGAAGGAAGCUGGAUUAUUGCUUCAAAAGACCAUGGAAAGUGCCGCUACACUUCUUGUUCCUUUGCAUGUCAAGCUGCAGGUUGGGAGAACAUGGGGGACUUUGGAGCCUUUUUCUCUUGAAUAGUAUAAGUAUGAAGUUACCAUCACAAGUUCAUAAACUAGACGAGCUUCGUUGAAUUUGUGAAUUGACGGAAGUCUAUUGUUGAUACUAUCAGACACAUUUUGGAUAUUUUUGCGGACAGCCUCAAUCCACCGCAAAGCUAGUACAAAGAUGGAAAGGUGGUAACAGGGCUCUAGCAGGAUGCAGAUGCAGAAAUGUCUAAGCUGAAAAUGAAGUUCAUUGGGGGAGGGUGCGAUGCAUGCACAAGAUAAAACCUUACAGCUACAAUUCUUUAAAAUGGUUGCAUCUCCAUGGUGCGACAUGCUAUGGAACUGGAGAAUUAAAUCGCUUCUCCCCAGGAGCAUUAGCUGAGAGUAUAGAAAACUUGCAAAGAAGUCUUUGUUGUGAUAUGUACUAUAAUUUAUAGCAAACACAGACCAUACGAUGUAAUACAUGAGUCGUCUCCUGUGUAUAUGUAACAGCACCCACGGAUAAACUUCGUUGAAGCAGAUUUUGUAAAUGAAAGAAAAUUUUGUUAGCAGAACAAUCCCUUCUGUUUUUAUACUCAGUUUCCCUUUCCGGCUUUUGGUCGUGUAUGUGAAAACGUUGGUUCGUCUUCAAAUCUGUACCUCGGAGUUAGUUCCAGGUAUUUAGUUGGUAUGUAUAUAAAACUUCCGGCAAACAGGAAGAAACGAGAUUUUAUACAAAUGGCUCAUGAAUGAAUGCCUUCUUAUGAGUACAAUCCUUAUAUGUAGAAAGGUGCAGACAAUACAUUCUUAUAUAACAUAGAAGCAUAUAUAGUAUGGUAUUAUAGUGUGAUAGGGGCUUACAGCACUCCACAAAGCAUAACUGUAAUAACUAACAAGCGACGAAUUCUAGCACUGCCACUUAGCUGCGAGGAACCCAGACGACAUGAUCCUCGGGUAGAAAAUGGCAGACAGGAACACUUCCGGGCUUAACAUUGAGCACCUGGAACGCCAAAUGCUUUGGAUUCCACGACGAAGUAUCUGUGUGACAGAUAGCUGCUGCUUUAGCUUUUGUCCCGUCGUUUCCAACAAGUGAGACCGUGUAGGCCUUGACAUUGUUCGUCUUGUGGCAGUAAAACACAGCAUACGCGUAGUUUUGCUUGUGACAGAUCACGGCCUUUUCCCCCAAUUUUUUGGAGCCGACAAUUGUGUACUUCUGCAAUUCACUUUCCUUUUCGACGUCUGUUGACACAGCGCUGACUUUGUUCCCUAAUUCAGAAGUAGUGAAAUCAACCAUGGACUCUAGUGAAGUUGCACAGUACUUCUCUUCGCCUUUGAUUGCUGGUGCUUCGCAUUCACUGAUAGUAUUCUUCAUUGUCUCAGACUCGUACGUGUUCUCUUCCACGGAGAAUUUGCUCAAAAUCUCAGGUAGCUUCUCGGAUGAGAAUGGAAUGGAAUCAGCAACCUUCUUAGGCAAGAAAGUUGCUGGUGUCGCGGACUUGGUGAAAUGCAGGUUCAUGUUUGUUCCCUGAUGUAAAU